GAUAAGCGUUGAUCGAUAUCAAAUGAAUUGUAAAUUCUAGAAAAUUUUCGUUCUUUCAGGUUGUUUCUCCGUUCAUGAUUUGACAGUUCACAGAGGACGUUAAACAGGGCAUAUUUCAUCUUAGUAUUAGUAAGUUUUGGUUUGACAGUACGCGCGUAUUUCGCGGUCAUUGACGAAUUCGUCCGAAUGUAACCGAUGAUCGACGAAGGUUGCAAGUUUCGUGUGUGUUAAAUAUUCGUUGGUGUUCGGUUGAGGCACCUCGGCUGGGCAAAAUCACGUAAAAUGGAAACAGAAUUUCGUUGUGAGGUUGAGGUUGAUCGUUGAAAAGUGUGAACAUGGGAAGGUCCAAGUUUCCGGGGAAGCCGCCGAAAACGGUGACCAGGAAACGGAUAAAAGUUCUCGGUCAGCCCGAGACUGUCCAAAACGAUUCGGUAACCGUCGCCGAGAACAUCUACUACGGACUUUCCCUGUUCAACGAAACAUUUGGUGACAACGAGAAGGAACAUCCGCCAUUCCAUGGUUUUAGCACUAAAGAGGCUAAUCUUUCUGUGUCUUACAUAAAAACACAGCAACAUGGUACCGAAACUACAAAUAAUAAAGCUCCUUCCGUUAAGGUUAAAAAUCAUGUUUUACAAUCUAGCUCUAAUAAAGAUAUUACGAAUGUCAAAAAUUCUUCCAUGGAUAUGGAAAAUAAUAUAGAAAAAUUGUACGAUACUAAUUCUGAAUCAAAUGAAAAUGUUAAAAAAGAUCUAACUACGUCGGAUUGUAAAAGGAGUUCAAAAAUUAAUAGACCCAAAACCAGAAGAAAUUGUAAUAAUAUCAAAUUUUCCAAUUUUAUGAAAACUCCAGUAUUGAAGUCAGUGAAUGCUAUUCUAGAUCAACACCAACGUACUAGACAACUGCGCAAUAGUACUGCUAAGAGAUUGUUACAAAGAGCAAAAUCUAAUAGCAGCAAUGUACGUAAUACUAUAGUACAGUCCGGUGAUAAAUCCAAUACUGUAAGAAAAUUUAUAUUACCUAUACGCAGUGCACAUUCGUCAAGAGUUAUAAAACCUAAUAAACGAUUCAUAGAAGAAUUAGAAGAUAUUUCUGGUACAGAGCAUAAUGAAAAUGAUAUUAAUGUACAUGUUAAAAAAGCUAGAUUUGCUGUAAACAAAUUGAACAAUCAAGAAUCAAAGUCAAAAGAGGAAACUGUUAAUUUAUUACAUACAAAAUUAAAAGUUGAGGAGAUAAAAAAUAAGAGUAAAAGAAUAGUUCAGCGUACAACUUCAAAUAACCAAAUUACAAGUCAACCAGCGAAAAAUUCUACAAAGUUCUCAGAUUCAAGGCAAGAUAUACAAGUAUCUAAACCCAUAGUAAAAGAAGCGAAGAAAAACAAUAACACAUCCUCUAAGAUAAAACUAACAAAUAACUUAUCUAAUGAAUCGGAUGUUAAGCAAGAUAGCUCAGAGAAUACAAGUGGAACUGUACAGAGCCCUAAGUCAACCAUUUCCAGAAACAAUAAACAGACAUCUGUUCCUACAAAAGUUCUUCCUGAUAUCAAUGUUCCAAAUUAUGAGUCUUCCAGAGUUCAAACAAGAUCAGGAACUCAGUGUGAAGUAUUCCACGAUACAAAUAGUCCAAAUAAUGCACAAGAUAAUACAAAAUUAACAGAAAAUAAUAGUACAGAAGAACAAUGUUGUCUAAACAAAGAUGACAAAACAGUCGAGAGUAAUUCAGAUAACUUUGAUACAGAAAGUACUUUAUCUGAAAGUGGAAGUGAUCACAGUAAUCACACAGAAGAUGAACAAUCUGAAUGGUCGGGAAUAAAAUUGAAUGGAGGAAAAGUUAUUUUAAGAAAAGCAAGAUUAAAAUUGGAUAAUAAAUGUGUGGGUGGAACAGAAGGACCAUUUUCUGUAACAAGUACUAAUACUAAUUCCAGUGGAAGCACAAACCUAGGGUUGACAGGAACUAUAAAAUGUGGUGUUUGUGGUGCAGUACGCUUUUAUAGAUUUGUCAAACAAGCACGGAAAUUUGGAAUACACAGUUGUGAAUCUUGUCGUAAAUUUAUUAGUAAAAUGAUUAAACGACAAGCUUGUGCUAAAUCGACAAAUAGUCCUCUUCCUUUUCUCCAGUGUCACAAAGGCGAUGGAUUAUGUCUUGUACCACCUGUUGUUAGAAGUCAUCAAUGGAAUCUCAUGCGCUGUGUUUAUAAAGCUAGAUGUCCAGCUUGUUGGUUAAAAAUGUGUCUCAAGUGUUAUAAUAUACCUGCUACGUUGAGAUCUGGUUUGAAUUCCAUGUUACCACCUAUGAUGCGAGAUCCCUUAAGUACAUCACCAUUAUUAGGUCAAGAUGAAAGUGAUUGUCAAGGUCAAAAAUCGCCACCAUCCAAAAUAAGCUGGCCAGCGGAAGAUAGUCUGGAAAAGAACUUAUUCAAGUCUGCGAUGAGUUGGAAGAAUAUCGAAUUAGGCCAAAAAACCGCUUAUCAGGGUACAGGUGGUUUUCUUUAUACAAAACUUGAGAAAUUUGAUGCUGUAAUGAGUACAUCGCCAAAUAAAAAAAGAAGAAAGCAUAAUCGAAUUAAAGUACGGAAGAAAAUCAAAAACCCUAUACUUCCUUCGCCACAGAUAAAUCACCGUCCACAACCUCUUAGGCAGAAACUCGAAUUGAAAGGACCAAGAGUAAAGCAUGUUUGUCGAAGUGCAAGCGUGGCUCUUGGACAACCAAUAGCAACUUUUCCUUCUUUGGAUAGUAAAGAGGAAUCUGAAACUAAUAGCCAUAAUCCAAAGGCAGUUACGAAACAAACUAAUGUGGUUGAUAAGAAAAAUGAUAAUUCAAAAGAAAAAGAAACCUGCAAGGAUAGCGAUGAGAAUAAUCAUAAUACAAAUGUUAAUACUGUGCAACAAUCCUAUUCGAAAAAGGGAAAAUCACAGCAAAAUAUGCCCAUGUCUAAUCUUUCAAUGAUUUCAAAAACUAAUCUUGACACAUCACACACAGUAUCUAUAGACUUCUGGGAGCAAUAUGAUCCUACAGAAGUUGGGGCAAAAGGCUUUGCUCUCAUUGGUUCAGAAUUAUUUCACGUUCCUGCUAUUUGUUUCCUUUGCGGGAGUGCUGGGAAAGAAGCGCUGAUUUACUGUCAAUGUUGUUGCGAACCAUACCAUGCUUUUUGUUUGGAACCCAGUGAAUGGAAUAUUUGUUCACAACCAAAUUGGUGCUGUCCAAGGUGUACGAUAUGUCAAUCCUGCCAUUUAAGAUUUGGUCCAAAAUUAUCUUGUAUUCGCUGUCGUCAGUCAUUUCAUCACACAUGUCUUUUAAAAUCUGGUAUCAGUUCUAGACUUUAUAGUCCAGAUAGACCUUAUGUGUGUCAAAGUUGCAUCAAGUGUAAAAGUUGUGGUAGCGAGGGUGUAAACGUUCACGUAGGCAAUUUACCUUUAUGUUCUAUGUGCUUUAAAUUGAGACAACAAGGAAACUAUUGCCCAUUAUGUCAAAAAUGUUACAAUGAAAAUGAUUUUGAUACUAAAAUGAUGGAGUGUAGUGAAUGUUCUUGCUGGGUUCAUGCUCGUUGCGAAGGUCUCUCGGAUGAAAAAUAUCAGAUUCUUAGUUAUCUUCCAGAUUCCAUCGAAUUUACCUGUCAACAAUGUUCUGACAAUCCAAAUUCUGUUUGGAGAAAUGCUGUUGAAGCAGAACUUAAAGCUGGACUCAUCGGUGUAAUUAAAUCGUUGAGUAAGAAUCGAAAAGCUUGUGCCGCGUUGAAGUGGAGUCCUAAAAAAGAAUGUUUCUGUAAGUCAAUUUCAACUGCAAAGAAAAUAGAUCUUCCCGAAGAGAAAACUGAAGUAAAUGGUAUAAACAGUAAAGAGAUUACCACGUCGGAUGAAUCUGAUGAUUUAACUGGAAACGGAGAACAUAAUUCGGUCUCCAGUUUGAAAUCUGAUUUAUCAAACAAAUCUGAAUUGGAGGAACAAUCAACGGAAGGAUCAACGAGAAAAGGCUUACGUCGUCUUCGACAAAAGUUUCACUUGAAAGAAUGUACUGUGAGGGUAAAAAAUUGUAUCCCUAAAGAUACACUGGAGGUUGAUAAAAAAGAUGCGAUUCGUAAUCAGGAAUCCACUAACGAGAAAUUAGGUGAAGUUUCAGACUGUCAUUGUGCGGAACAACAAAUUAUUAUGAGACCAUCGCCCACGCUAAUGACUGUUAAACAAAAAGUUAAUAAUAACGAAUAUAAAUCAUUGAUCCAAUUUCAUGCAGAUAUGGAGCACGUAAUUAAUCGUACUGAUAUUAAAGAUUUGAUGGAUGCAUAUCACGAAACUUUACAAGAAGUAUUUCCAUGGUUUGUACCGAAAUAUUCUAAAACUGACCAUAAGACUGGUGGUGCACCCACUUCAACUAUAAAUACCGAUGAAAAUAAUGAUUCGUCGAUACCAAAGUCUGACGAUUCUAUUGUUGACACGAACAAAGAAGAAAUAAUAAAAGGUUCCAAAGGUGUCGCAGCAAAACCAUUGAAUUUAUAUAACGCUAAUCAAGAAGAUAGCAGGUCAUGCUGUUUGUGUAAAGGAUUAAGUGAUGGUCAAGAAACGAAGGAAGGUAGACUUCUAUAUUGUGGCCAAAAUGAAUGGGUCCAUGCAAAUUGUGCAUUAUGGUCGAACGAAGUAUUUGAAGAAAUUGAUGGUUCCCUGCAGAACGUUCACAGUGCUAUUUCAAGAGGACGUUUGAUUCGUUGCAGUGAAUGUGGUAAAAAAGGAGCGAGCAUAGGAUGCUGUGCAAAAAAUUGUAACAACACUUUCCAUUAUCCCUGUGCAAGAAACAUUGGUCUUGCUUUUAAUGAUGACAAAACAGUAUUUUGCUUUUUGCAUUUAAACAACUCGACGCAUAAACCGCUACAUAAUGAAGCUGAUUUUAGUUUGAAGAGGCCAGUAUAUGUGGAACUUGAUCGUAAGAAGAAAAAGUAUGUUGAACCAAAUAAAGUCAAAGUGAUGAUCGGCUCAUUAAUAAUUGAUUGCUUAGGUACGAUAGUACCAGAAUUUUCUGAUACAGUUGAAAAAAUAAUACCUUGCGAUUAUAAGUGUUCACGGCUAUACUGGUCCACUGUAAAUCCAUUUAAAAUUGUAAGAUAUUAUAUUAGAACGUACGUGCAAGUAUUUGUGCCAGAAGUAUCGGCUGAUUUAGAAAAUAACAUUACCAUUGAUCAUUCCAAAGAGCAAAGGAAGGAAGAUCUGUCAACAGAUAAACAUAAAGUUGAAUAUUUAAUUGUAAAACAAACUUUGGAUGCAUUAUUGGAUACUGUAUGUAGUAAAGAAGUUGAUGAAAAUUUAGCUGAGCAAAAUAAUACAGAUUUGUUACCUCCUGAAUUGGAAGAAGCUAUUUUUGAGGAUUUACCCCAUGAUUUAUUGGAUGGAAUUUCCAUGCAAGAUAUUUUUCCAAAAAUGACAAUUGAGGACUUUUUAACUAUGGAUCUGAAAAAUGACGGUACUUUCACGAACGAUUUAUUUAAAGAUGAUAUGUUAUCUUCCGAAGUAGCGGAAUCAUCUAAGCCAGUAGAAAGUAAAAUCUCAAAAAUGGAUCCCUCCUUAUUAGAAUUAGGAACACAUAACGAUCUGUGGGUACAUUUAGAAACAAAGACUUCUGUUCAAGAUUUUAUGGAUGAUUUAUUCAAUUCUAAAAGUCAAAAGCGUGGUGGUAGAGAAUUAAAACGCUCCAAAUCAGAAGUAAUAUCAAAUAAUUCACUAAUAGUAGGAGGCCCAAGACAUCAUCAGAGAUCUUGCAGUCUUACUUGGAGUUGCAAGUUGGAUAAUACUUAUGGUCCUAGUAUAAAAAGAAGAAAAUUACCUAGAAACACAGCAGGAAAAUCUACUGAAACAAGUGUAAUGGUACUUGAUGCUCAAAAUGAACAUACGUCUAUGAUUCAUGAAUUACGAAUUCCUGAGAGUAUAAUGGUUACUGUUGGUAGAGCUAAUACUCCUAAUAUUAUAUCUGAUUCAGUACGUGAAAUAAAAUAUUGUAUUGAGGAUUCAAAUGGCAUUAAUCGUCACGUAUUGCCUUCAAGAGACGAUGGUAAAGAACAUAAAAGACUCUUUUGGCACACAAGACAACAGCCUCGUAUAUUACAAGUGGAUGGUUCUGCUGAUCCAAGUAGCGCUAGCGAAUGUAGUUCUCCUGAAUAUAAUAUAGAGGAAAAAACAUCUUUGGAAAGAUCUGAACACUUAUCCAUUCCUCAAUUAGAUGGUAUUAACGAUGAAUCUUCAUGUGAUGAUAACGAAUGGAUCUUAUCUAAGGAAAAAGAUUUAAAUUUAUUUAUACACCCUUCAAAUGUACAGCAUUCACGAAGGAUUUUCGGUCUUCUCAGGUCACAUUUAUCCCAGAAUGAUACGCGAAAAGAAAAUGACAAAGAUAAUUUCUCUCAUAUUUCAAAAUCGAUGCAGCAUAAAUCGAAUUUUUUCAAAGGGAAAGAUCUCAAAUUAAAUUUACAAAUUCCACAAUUAGAUGGAGCAGAUGACGUUUCUAGCGACGACGAAUGUACAUCUCCUAAACAUGCCGAGAAUGAAAUAACUAAUGUUAUUCCACAUUAUGAUCCUCCUAUCGAUCACACUGAAAAACCUGUAACUUGUGAAAGAUGUCGUUGCACAUAUAGAACACAAGAUAGUUAUAAUAGACAUCUAAUUAACUGUGAUAUUAUGAUUACAAGCGAUAGUGAUUCUGAAAUUAUGGAUAAUAAGUUAGCAUCUCCAGAUUCUAGAUUUUCUCCAAAUAUUGGAUCAGUAUCUCCACAAUUUAUAACUCUUUCUCCAUCAGAAGGACAUACACUUUCAUCGGAAUAUACUGAAAUACAAGCUACAUCGCCUAUAGAAGCCUCUGUACCAUCGCCCCAUCCAGGAAUACAAAUAGAACCAAUUGCUCAAGCAAUUAUUACACCACAAUUACACACUCGUGCUACCGUGGAAACUGUUCAUCAAACAGUAUUAACGUCUAAUGAUAUGAUUGUGCAGACUCAAUACACUAGAACGACAGCGACAUUACCAAAUGCCACAGUAUUACCUCAAGAAAGUACUGUUCAGAUAACAGAAAUAACAGAUCCUCCAUCGAUCUCCAAUGAUUCUUGUAUUACACAAACUUUGGUAAAUAUGCCAAUAAGUUCUCCAGAUAGUACAAGUUCUCAAAGUGUUCCAAGUCCACAAGUAUCGCCAACAUUUUCAUCUACUGGUGUACAAACUGCAACAAAUGACGCAUCAUUAACAAAUAUUCAAAUAUCAAGAGUAACAAAAUCAAAAUCACCUCGUGCUGCUAGACCUCGUGCAAAAAACAUCAAAUCGCAUGUUAUGAAGAAUUCCAUGCAGUCGCAUAGCGGGCCUACUAGACUUCAGCCAAUGCAAACUAGUACUCCUGUAAUUCAAUUACAACAGGCUCAAAGGCCUAAUGGCCCAACAGUAAUCUUGCAACAAGUUCCUUCGCCAAGCAUUAUGUCUGCAUAUGUUGAAACUUUACAACAGCAGUCUGGACAAAAUUUGCAGUAUAUAACUGCUAUCAGUGGUCAACAUGAAACAGGAUUCAAACCACAAUUUAUAACAACUAAUCAGUUAGUUCCAGGUACAUACAUACAAACGCCAUCUGAUAAUUUACUAGCGUUACAAAAUGGAGGAAUAUCAAUAUUACCAAGUGUACAAAUUGCACAGACCCAACCAACAGUUUUGGGAACUAUUAUACAACAGCAACCAAGUGCAAUACAAUGUGGUGUAAUAUCAUCGGAACAGUUGUUAUUGAGUUCUACUCCGACAUUAGAAAUGUUUACAGAUUCAACAGGAAGUAUGUUUGUUUCUAAUCAGCCCAUGUAUUAUGGUUUAGAAACAAUAGUGAGCAAUACUGUAAUGUCUUCGAGUCAAUUCAUGACUGGAGCAGUACCGCAAGUCUUAGCGAGCAGUUAUCAAACAACAACGCAAGUUUUUCAGGCUUCUAAGCUUAUGGAACCUAUUGUAGAUGUUCAAUCUGUUUCUGGAGUACCAACUGUAACAGCAGUUGAAGCAGUACAGAGCAUACCGGGUGUACCUAAUGUAACAGGCUUACCUACUGUGCCGAGUGUACCUACAGUACCUGCUGUACCCAGCAUACCUAGUGUAUCUAGUGUACCUAGUGUACCUAGUAUACCCACUGUACCCAGUGUACUGAGUGCACCUACUGCACCUAGCGUAGCUACUGUACCUAAUAUACCUAGUGUACCAAAUGUACCAAAUGUACAAGCCAUGGCAAAUGUACCAAGCGUAUCGGCGGUAACUGGUGUACCUGGUGGUUAUGUCGUGGUCAGUCAACAUACACCAGUAGUAGACACGGUCGUAACGCCACAGAUCAAUAUUCCCACUACUAUCGAACAAAAUUUUGCUUCGAUCGCAUGUAAUUCUAUAUCACCGUCACCCUGUAGGACAGUAGUAGAAGCACUUGCAGAUCAAGUGCAGAUACCAGAUGUAUGUUCAUCCGAAACUUCUAUUACGAUUACACCAAGAAUAACAUCACCUCCUAAACCCUUACAACAGACAAUGCCAACUAUUCCAAGAGUUGCAGUACGUCCAAGUCCAGCUUCACAUCCUGGCAUACAAUUGAAUUGUGGAUCAUGGAAGAUUACUGAACAAAAAGAAACAACUUCUUUCGACACAGAACAAAUUAUUAGUAACAGUGUUAGACCAUAUUUUGAUUCGAAACAUGUAUCAGAAAAUACCAGCAUGAUAAAGGCUAGCAUAUCAUCUAAAAUACUGCCCUUACCUAAUCAUUGCAUAACACAAAGGAAUAUAAUUGUAAAUAAGUUGAAUCAUGAUGUAAAUAAUGUGCAUAAUAGUUAUAGCAGUAAUGUAUCAAAUUCUAACGGUAUCAACGUAAGCACGAGUAGUAAUCCAGUUGUAACUAGUUGUAAUGUCCAAAAUAAAAUAACAAUGUCUAUGAGCAAUGUACCAACAAGCAGACCCAUGAAUAGGGUCUUGCCAAUGCAGGCUGUUACACCGAAACAAGAUCUUAUUAAACCUGUAGAAAAAGAAGAAAUUGUUAUGGAAGAACCAACUAAACCUAUUAUAAAGUCACCCAUUGAGUUAACAAAUGCAGAAUCUAAGAGACAGAUCAUUGAAAGCAUUGUUCCGAUGAAAAAAUCUGAAAACGAAGUUAACAAUAUAACGGAAACACGAAAAUUGAAUACAGAAACUGUAGAAAAAGUUAAGGACAAUCUUAAACUGGAACUCGAUAAAGAAAAAUUGCAUAGCACAUCCUUGAAGAUCGUAUUGCAAAAGCAAUUACAAGAUGGUUCCUACAAGAUUAGGCACAAUAUGAAAGCAAUAACGCAAAAUAAAAAAUCCCCGCAAGUAACAUCAGUGGAGAUAUUACCGACAAAGCAGGUACCGCAAAUAACGUCCUUACAACUUUUACCGAUUAAAACGUUUACGUUAAAAACAAAUAAGAUAGAAGAAAAAGUGAAGAAUAUAGAUAACAAAGUGAAUGUAUUGAAGAAAAGUCCUCCAGUUGCUGUGAAAAAACCUAGAAUAAUUACAAAGUCGAUGAAACUUCCUCAGAAAGAAACUUCAAAUCCACAAGUGCAGAAAAGUUGUUCGAAAGGGCCAAGUCUAAUGUAUGAAAUCAAAUCUCAGGAUGGGUUUACGCAUACUGCAUCUUCGAUGUCCGAAGUGUGGGAUAUGGUUUUCCAAGCUGUGCAAAAUGCUCGAAAGGCUCAUAAUUUGCCUCCUUUACCGCAUAAUCCUCUUUCUGAAAAUCUUGGGUUAGAAAAUAAUGCGACAGUAUAUCUAGUCGAGCAGUUACCAGGUGUCAAUAGAUGCACUAAAUAUAAACCCAAAUUUCAUAACUUGACACCAACAAUAUCCAGUGAAACGGAUAAUGAUCUUCUAGCAGCAUGUGAUAAUGGUGCAGCUCGUGCGGAGCCAUUUAAGGCUAGAAAAGUGCACGAUAUGUUUAGUUGGUUGGCAUCAAGGCAUAGACAGCAACCAAAAAUGAUUGCCAUCUCAGAAGCAGAAUCAAGACGGGUAACGAGCACGAAUUUACCGAUGGCAAUGCGCUUUAGGAUACUUAAAGAAACAUCAAAAGAAUCUGUUGGAGUGUACCAUUCACACAUACACGGAAGAGGUCUUUUUUGUUUAAGAGACAUAGAAGCUGGAGAGAUGGUCAUUGAGUAUGCAGGAGAGGUAAUUCGUGCAUCCCUGACGGACAAACGAGAAAAAUACUAUGACAGUAAAAAUAUCGGAUGUUACAUGUUCAAAAUCGACGAUCAUCUAGUUGUUGAUGCCACGAUGAAAGGAAAUGCAGCGAGAUUCAUCAAUCACUCAUGCGAGCCAAAUUGUUAUUCAAGAGUGGUAGACAUCCUAGGUAAAAAACAUAUUUUAAUCUUUGCACUCCGACGCAUCGUUCAAGGAGAAGAGUUAACGUACGACUACAAAUUUCCAUUUGAGGAUAUCAAGAUACCAUGUACCUGUGGUUCUCGCAGGUGUCGCAAAUAUCUCAACUGAGACUGCGUAUAAAAAUUUCACAAACAAACAUCCAUGAAACAGAUAGAAAGAGAGAAAGAUAAAGAUAAAAAGAGAAAGAAAGAGAAAUAUGUGCUAUAAUUACGCGCGCUUUGAAUAUAGGAUUCAUUUUAUUGAAGAUUAUUCAUUUGAACAUCAAACUAUUUUCAGAGAUAGCAGCUUUUUAUUACUACAAAAAGAAAGUAGAUACGCGCUAAGAGAUUGAUUAGAAGGCCAGCUACAGAGCGUGAAAAAAUGGCGUUUAUGACAAUGUUACUUUAGACAGCUACGUUUGGUAGUUGAUUUAAGGACUAUACUUAUAGCAAUAAAUGAUUCAACGUGUCCCGCUUUCAUACCUAAAGGGUCUUGCGUGUUGGAAAACGCUUGAGACUCUUGAAAGUGUUAUAUUAUUCACGCCUGUGCUUUUCUGCACGAUUUAGGCUUUACAUUGUCUAUUAUUGAGGCUUAAGUGUACAAGUUGUCGUACACUUUACACUAAAUAAUGAAUCGGACCAAGCUAAAAAGAUAGUAUAUCAUCGAUGUACUGUUUGUAGGAGAUGCACCAUACAUUUUUUAACAGCACGACGUACAUGACAAUUCGAACUUGUUUCCCGAAUCAAGAAAGAGAUGCGAUUAAUAUAUUCGUGUAUUAUACAGUAACUACGAGAAGAGGAUUGAGGGUAAUUUAACAAAGAAUUUUAAAACGACUGUUUUUUAGCAGCUGGCAAAUAAUCGCUACAAAUUGAAAUUUAAAUGCAUAUUAAAAUAGCGUGAGCGACGUUAUCUUUUUCUUUUUUUUUUUUUUGCUUUGUUUUUAAUUUUGUUAAACUUUUUUUUUCUUUUGUAAAUUUCAAUUUAGUGUACAGUGUAUGAUUAACUUUAUGACCUCCCGUGUCUGUUGUAGGGCCGGAUUUCAAAUAUUCUCUUGUAAAUUAUGUAAUUGUAGAGUAGAUAUCAUCUUGAUGUAAGUAAAAAAAAAAAAGAAUCACAAGCCGUUUUAAAUGAAAUUAGGAUCGUAAUUAUUAAGGAGAGAGAGAUACAGAAUGGCAAGAUAAGACAGUCCCUAUCGUGGGAUACUGUUUGGAGAUGUACCUACUUUGGCAGACAUUGAUAAUUGAUACUUUUAAGUCUUUCUAAUAGUCGAAGAAAGACACGAUGAUGGAAUCUCGUUUUACGAGCUAUAUUACAGUUUAAAUUGCUUCUUUAUCAUAAGAAAAAAAAAACUAUUAUUAUACGCGCAAUAUCAUUUCGAUGUCUUUUCUGCAGAGUUUGAAAUAACGCAUCUACAUGUGUUGUGCUUCCACCUUUUCAACGAUAUACAUAUAUAUUAUAAAUCCUAUUGGUUUAUUUUGUGAUAUAUCGAUGAACGCAAAGCUAAGAUAAAUAAGCAGGUAGAAGCAACUUUAUUUUACAGAAGCUUAAUAGAAGUAUUAUGAUAUUUCUAGAAUAUUUUAUAGUAACUUCUAAUAGGAAAGUGAUUUUACUCACUCAAUCAAAGCUUAUCCGAACACACAAAACAUACAUACAUACAUACAUACAUACACACACACACACCUAUAUAUAUAUAUAUAUAUAUAUAUAAAUAUAUAUACAUACAUAUAAUAAUUAUGUUCGCAAUGUAUGUACACGAUCACGGUGGUUCUUUAAUAAGUAUUUCUAGAGUACGUCUAGCAAAUGUUUCUGCAAUGUUUUCCCAUAAUGGGAAAAAAAAGAAGGAGAAAAGAAAGAAAGAAGAAGAAAAAGAGAAAAAAUGAUAAAUGUGUAGCGUCCUUCAUGGGAACGUAUUUCAUAUUUUACGGACACUCCGUAGAGUCACUUCUUAUAUCGCGAAACGCAAUUUUGCCUUACCUUUAACGUACCUACGCUUUAACCCGGUGAUACAUUUAGAUACGUCCCAAUUACUCGGAUUCAAGCUUUGAGAAUCGCAAAUGCAUUUUUAUAAUGCAUUCAUUGUGCGUAAAAGAAAGUAUUUUAGUGUGCGAUCAAUCAAUUUCUGCCGAGGUGUGGUAUUCCCUUAUAUUUGGUGCUCUCAUGGACACCGUUAAGUGCACUUUUUCAUGAAAAAAAUGGCCUAGAGUAAGAGAUAUAGUAGGAUGCAGUGGAAGUGUUUGAUAAUAAAUAAUAAGAAAUGCGUUAUAUGAUGAAUACCGAUCGCGAAUUAUUUAAUGAAGUAAUAUAAAGGAUAAAUGAAACGGCAGGAGCAUUAUUACAAUCGAACGAAUAAUGCCAGCCGCGUUAACAUUCUAAUCGGCCUGGUUUGGUACAAAAUGUGUAUGCUGAGUUGUAAAAAGUUGAUAAAAACAAGGUAAAAAUGAGAACUUGUUCUGGUCACGAGAAAUUGCCAUUUCUUUUUUAUUAUUUUUUUUUUCUUUUUUUUUUUUUUUCUUUUUAUUUUAUUUUGUUUUAGAUAUUCUGAAUUUUUUUAAUAUUGUAAUUACCGAUAAUUAAAUAAUUAUUAUUGGGAGAUGACGAAUAUUGUUAAUAUAAUGAUAAUUAAUUUUAAUCUGUAAAGAAAAGGUAAUACGCCAUAAGGAAGGUACAUUACUUGAAAAUAUAAUAGCAAUGUUAGAUAUUUUAUUGAUAUUUAUUGAUUACGCGCUGGAGUGGUUCUAAGGGGGGUGGGGCGGGGAGAUUAACGGGAGAGGGUGGGAGGGGAAGGGAAGGGAAGGGAGGAAAGAAAGAAAGAAAGGGGCGAAAAGUAACAAUAACGAAAAUAUGGAAAAUAAAUUAAUGUCGUGAGAUUUUCGAAACGGUGCACAUGAUGGAAUAGGAACUAGCAUUCAACGGAUCAAUCAUUUUACAGGACAAGGAAGAUGCGUUUCUCGUUCGAGUAAAGCCUCAUUAAUCGUUUCUUAAAAAUCGUAAACAAAAUUAAUAUAUGCGGUAUUUUGAAGUACGAGAGCGCAGAGAGUUUAUAAAUAAAUAAAGCGUACUUCAAAAUUCCUCCUUUUGUGCGUCGCUCUACCCACGGUGAUCGUUAUAAAAUGGACUAUGUACUGUCUGGUUAUAUGGCUACGCAUAGAUAUAUAGUCAUGUACGAAACAUGCUGUAUUUUCCAAUUAUUUUUUUAUUUACAAUAUUUCGUAAGAUAUAUAUGCUCCGAAAAGGAAAUGAAAACAAAGUAGUUUUAACGGUUGUGCGUCUUUGAAUAUGAAAAAGAAACAACAACAACAAGAAGAAAAAAAAACAUCAUUUUCCUUUACCCCCCGGUGAAUUCGAUUUAUUUACAUACAUAUCUUUUUUUCAUAAUACACAUACUCUGUAAUUUUUUAAACUGCUCCUAUGUAUUUUCUAAUCUGUUAGCAGAGUAUAGACGUGCUUCUUUAGUAUUACAUUUAUGCUCUCGUUAUUAUCAUUACUAUUAAUUAAUUACCAUUACUUAUAAUUCUAUGGAUAAAAAGCAUAAUACAUCACCGAGUCACCGAUCCUUAGGCACACAAAAUGUCGUUCUAUUUUUUUAUUGUUUUAAUAUUUUGUUCUUUUUCCCUAUACCUAUCCGGGCGGGCGGCAAAUUUGAAAUAUAUACUGUUCAAAUUGUAUCGAAGAAAGAUAUGCAAAAUUGUGAUUGUAAAUUUAUUGCGUUUUAUUAUUACUCGACGUUGCCGACUUUUGCCCAUUUUUGUACUCUUAUUUAUUUAUAUUUUAUUUCAUUUUUUUCUGCUUUCCUUCUUCAAACAAAUUCGGGAAACGUCACAUCGAGCUCUCUUUUACAAAUAGGAGCUUUCUCUCUUCGCAUCUUUUCUGUUAAAUGUACCUCUAAGGAAUAUUUAAGAGACUAAGGAAUUCAAAUCGAAAUAUAAAACGCUUCUUGUAAAAAAGAAAAAAAAACUAUAUAAUUAUUCUAACGUUUAAACGAAAUGUAGAAAUUUGAACGUCGUACUUGUUUAAGAGAGAGAGAGAGAGAGAGAGAGAGAGAGAGAGAGAGAGAGAGAGAGAGAGAGAGAGAGAGAGUGAGUAAAUAGAGAGAACGAGAGAGUGAGUAGAUAGAGAGAGAAAGAGAGAGAGAGAGAGAGAGAGAGAACAGAAUAAUAUUAAGGACGAACUGAAGGUGGAACGAAAGGAAAAUUGAAAAAAAAAUUGUCUGUGAUUAUCAGUCAUAAUAAUCUUUAGGUCAACAUAUUUUUUAGAGGAUAUUUUUUAGAAAAUUACAAAAUUUAUGAUAUACCCCUAUUAUUGAUACGAUAUUCGAUCGGACAUGCUACGCAUAACUAUUAAAGUGAAAAUUGAACUGUAAAAGUUGCUAACUGUUUAAUAGAGUUAUGGACUAGUUGAGAUAUCGAUGGCUGUUGUAAAAUAUUCAGUGUUUGGACAAAUAAUUAUUGAAAACUAUUUAUAGCUACUAAUUAUCGAGGUAUAAUGAUACUAUUAUUAUAUCGCAUGUUGUGUAGUAGCAUUUUUAUCCCUUCGUGCGUUUAUCAUACAUUUAUUAUUCACGGAGAAAUAUAUUAAGGAAUCGCAGAACAAAAAAAAAAAAAAGGAAAGAAAGAACAAAAUCGAUCACGUCGUAUGUAGACUCGCGAAAUAUCGAUAUUCGCAAAAAAGGAAAAGAAAAAAAUUAAAAUAAAAAAAAAAAAAAGAGGAAAAGAAAAAAAAA